AUGACUGGAGUGAAGCGAGACGGGCGCACCAGCGAGGGGUUUCUUCGGGCUCUACAGAACACCGAGGAUCCCUCGAUCGUCGACGCGGAGCUGCUGCUGCUGCUGCAGGACCUCGCCUCCCCCACGGAGGAUCCCAUCUCUCUCUCGCCAGCGGGUCUCUGUCAUUUACUGCAACUCCUCGUUGAGCGCACAAAUGACGCUUGGCUGGAGGUCAGGAAAAAAAUCGCGUUUGUGUUUGCUGACGUGGUGUCAAAAGGGCACGGUGACGUGUUGGCCGACGCUCUGAUCUACGGCAAGCUGCGGCAGACAACUAGAGGCGAGGCUCGCGCCAGCCACAUUGACCUCGUCGACACCGCUGAUGAUAACUCGGACUCUGCCAUGGCGUUAAGACAGCUGAAGUAUUUCAUUGGAAAACUGGCGUCUGCCCACGGGACGGUGGAGCGCUGCGUCCCUGCAGCCGACGUUUUCCGUACGUUCACGCGCGUGCCCAGUCUUUUGGAGAUUAUUCUAUCACCCGCUGAGUUGCUGAGUGACACAACGGAAGGAAAGACGUCCGCGCAACCUGACCCUAAGCAUGGUCGAUUUCACGAGUCAUGCGUUGGUAUUCUCUGUCGUAGUGUUGCGUCAUACACAACUGUCUUUUGCACCGAGACGUGGCGUUCCUUGACGACGGCCCUCUAUACAAACAAAGGCCUCUCGGCCUCUUUGCUGCUGCACUAUUUUAAGGACUUUGUAGCAAUGCUGACGGACUGCCUAUUGGGUCGAAACUUUGUCGCCAGGCUACACGCUUUGGAGCUACUUGCCGCUGUCCUUGAAGAUUCCGCCUUUCUGAAGGCCCGAAGAAAGUUUGCCGAGUCUCCCGCAUUACUUUGCGCUUUGCUUCCCUUGACAAACAGCCCCUCUGCACACAUUCGAUUUCUUGCAUUUGACACUCUCAAGGUAUUUAUUGCGAAGGGGAACAAGCCCGCUCCUAUCAGGUACAUUCUUUGCGUCAAUCGUGACAUGCUUGCUCGGUACGUGGAAGAUUACUCCACAAAGGAAGUUGCGAUCAACAAGCGUCUGGAGAUUGAAAAGCAAAAAUUGCUGCAGAGUCUCACCGCCCUCGAACCGUUGACGCACGAAGAAGAGUUGCUGCUUGGCGUCUAG